AGGCCGAUGGAAGUGUCGUCCAAGAAACCAGUUUCCCGAGCACGAACAGUUGUGGAGCUGCCCAAGCGGCAAAUUCGUGAUCCGAGAUUCGAGUCGCUCUCGGGGCGAUUCAACGAAGAUCUCUUCAAGCGCUCGUACGGAUUCUUGAGUGACUAUCGAGCGGAUGAAAUGAAGCAGCUGCGCGAGCAGAUCGCAAAGACCAAAAACAUACAAGAGCGCGAGAGAAUGGACCGAACCCUGCAGAAGAUGAUCUCGAAGCAGAAAUCCAAGGAGCGAGAUGACGAUCGCAAGAAGCUUAAGAGUGAAUGGAAGAAGAGCGAGCUGGACAUGGUCAAGCGGGGCAAGAAGCCGUUCUUCCUCAAAAAAGCCGAUGCAAAGAAGCUCGAGCUUGUCAGCAAAUUCAAGAACAUGUCGCCAAAAGAGGUGGACAAGGUCCUCGAGAAGCGACGAAAGCGAAAUGCUGCAAAGGAGCACCGGUUCAUGCCCUACGAGCGGCGAUCUGCCUGA